UUUACUGGGAUUGUUUAUCUGGAAUGAAUUGUUGAUAUCUAUUGGUGAGAGAAUUAAUUGAUAAAUAUUGAAAGUCAGAUGUAGUAAAUAGAGAAUUUUGAAGAGCUCGUAAGUUUUCGAGGGAAAUUUAAAACGUUUUGAUAGUUUAUUUCACUUUGUUCUCACCGGUGGUGAUAAUUAAUUAAUAAUAAAGGGAUGAAGAUGUGGAAUUAUGGCAGAACUUCACGUUUUCGGUGAGAUUGCACACGCCGAAAAUUUCAAUCAAACUGCAUUAUUUUGCAAGUGGAGUUUUCAUGCAGGGAACGGUUGGAAGGUAAUAAAUGGGAACAGCGAGGGUCAAACACAGGAGUGCCAGAAUAUCUUCACAGGAAAACCAACGUGGAGUCAUCCGCUAGAUCUACAUUAUUCAACCCAGUGUAUCCAGGGCUCUCCAAAGCUCUUGCUUCAGGUAUUCUGUCGAGACAAUUAUGGACGUAUCCUGUUCAUCGCCUACGGAAUCUGCCCUGUGCCAUUAACCCCUGGCUUCCACCAGGUCAAGUGUCACACGUGGAAGCCCAUCGGUAACUGGCUGGAUCGUCUCAGAGAUCGUUUUCUUGGUAUGAGUUUGCAGCUGAAGACGCCAAAUCUUCUGACAAAUGGCACCGAUAGAUUCGAGUUACUAACAGAAAGCGUGGGAACCGUGCACCUAGAGUUUCACAUUCUAUCCCAGAACUUCACGAAAUUCGGUUGCUUCCUGUGAUCUCCUGGAAAAAUGUCGUGGAUCUGUUUAAUUCUGCUGCUUCUCGAUUUUUUCCCCCCGACAAUAGAGCAGAGCUCGACAAUCUCCACACUGUGCGACGAUGAGACCUGCACGAAUAGUUCCCUCUCGAAUGAUUCCUUGACAGACUACGACGAUGACAGCCUGAAGACUUUCCUGAACUUCUCGACAUCGAAGGGUUUUCCCUCUCGAGGGACUCCUGAACCCUCAGUGGAUUCAGACGCCAGGAAAAACCCAAUCUCUCUGAGUCCUGGUGGUAACGCCUGCCCCUGCGACUUGAUCCCCUCGACCUGUGACAUAAAUUGCUGCUGCGACCUUGACUGCAGUCCCGACCAGGUUUCAGUUUUCUCCCACUGCCACAACUACAACCAAGCAACGAAGCUCUACGACAGUCGAUACUGCUACAGAACAGAUUUCAUAAAGAAAAAUCGAACCGACUUCAUCCUGGAUCGACUGGCAGAUAAUUUAUUCUGCAUCUCCCACGACAAUUUGCCCCCAUUCUACAGCUCCAUCACGACGAUUGAAGUUAAAAACCGAAAGAACUUCGAGGAGAUUCUACAAUCCAAAGAGAAGGACGACACCAGCCCCCUGUCCUCCAGGUGGCAACAGCCAGAGACCUCCCAUGUUCACCAGGUCACAGUCCCCCACGUCCAUGGGCAUCUACUCAGAAAAUAUGAGAAUAAACUCGUGAAAACUGUGGACAUUCCAGCCUCAGGGUUCACUGGGGUCUGCUCUUCUCGAAGAAGCCUCAGGUACCUGGAGGAAUUCCACUCCCUCUGUCUUCAGGGUGACCUUUCCAACUCCAACGAAUUCCUCUUUCCUGAGACCUUCAAUUUUUCAUUGAUCUCCACCUCGUUCUUCAUGAAAAAUAAUUCCUUCAGAGACUCCCAGUGCCCUAGGAACGCCUGCGUCCCUCUGGAGUUGAUUUUUUGUGAUAACUCCUCGACCUGCAAUCGGACGAUUCCCCUGAAGGCCUCCUGCCAGGGUAACGUCUGCUUCAACGUCGUGAAACGAGUUACCUACGUUUUUUAUCACAAUGGAACAAAAGGCAUUUUGAAAGCCAGAAUUUUCCUGGAGACAGGAAACGUCUCCAGGAGCUAUCACCAGCAUUUCCAGGUGCAGUACCAGUGGAUUGAUGGAGUGCAGGGGAUUCUGAAAAGGAGUGGAAACCCGGGGUAUGUCGUGGGACGACCGAUUAUCAUCGGGAGCUCAUCCACGCUGAAUCUCACGAAAUCUGAUAUUCCCGAUCAAAUCGUAAUUAAUGAAACGAGAAGUGUGAUGACGGUUCCCCUAAGGGGAAAGGACGGGGAAUGUCUCGAGGAAGAGCUUGUCGUGGGCUUUGGGGAGGACCUCAUGUCCAGGUGCAGUAUCUCCUUACCAACGAGGGAUUUCUCUUCGAAAUCCUGUGUCCAACUACAGGAGAAGAUUCUGGGAAAAUUGUUUGGGGACACUCUGGUGAAUAUUUCUCAGGUUGAGCAGUACAAAGUGCACAUAUCCAAGGCCAGCAAUACCUCUGGCAACGCCACGCAGUGGGUCCAGGUGCUUUUGAAUAAAAUCCCUCGGAAUAAUGCCAACGCUGAGGUGUCUGGGGACCGAAUCAUUUGUGCCAGGGUCUUGCGGUCUCUCAGGAUUGACGUGAUGUUCUCGGUUUUACCGAAAAUCGAUGACGAAGAACAUUACAAGAUCGCCGGGGUGGGUGUCACCCUCGGGGACGUCAACAAUUUGCAGUGGGGCAAAUGCAGGGGUGAGGGCUGUGUCGACUGGCUGAGGGCAGAGGUCAUCACUUAUGUGGUGUUUCAUGAUGUCUCGGCUCCUUCGAUGUAUUAUUAUGCUGGUGGACCGAAUCUGGAUAUCAGUCUGCCCUACGACUUUUUCUAUCCUUUCCUCAGUGGAGGAACCUACAGUGGAGCUCAGGAUCUCGAGAUCAGAAGGUUUUAUCAGUACAGCUUUUGGAUUUUUCUGGUCGAUGAGUAA